AUUAUGUCAGCGUUUUGUUCAAAGUUUUCUCUACGUCGCUUUUUUGAGAUCUCUACAAUUAAAAGAGUAAAACAACAUCAUGUCUAUGCCGACAAAGCAAGCGCGUCCGGAAGAUCCAGAUGAUGUUGGUAUGUUUUGCAGUGAAGAAGUUGUGCGAAAACCUACGUGCGUACAAGUGCUUCCAGUAGUUAGUACCGUGGAGAAUCAGCUAACAACAUCUUCUGCUGCAUCAUAUACGUUGACAUCUUCCGGCGGUAAUGUUUCGGCAAAUACGUUUCAUACUGCCCCCAAUGAACAGCCACCAAUAUCAUCUGUUCCGUCGUCGGCGUUGAACGUUUCCGAUGAUGUUGCUGCUGCACUUGCACGUUUGUCAAGAAACGUUACUUGUGUUGCAAUGCAGCAGCCAAAUACAUCUUCGACGAUGAUGCCAGCUGGUACAGUUGUUUGCCCCGGUAGACAGCAAAUUCCAUCAUCUUCAUUGGUGAUGGCAUCCUCUAGUCCGGAUAGUGUUGUUGUGUCACGCCCGCCAGGAUGUGUUGUGCAUGCCGGAGCACAACGGUUGCCGUCGGCUGCAACGGUGGGGACAGCAUCCAGUGGUGUUGUCGCUGCUGUUCAUGCUGAAGGACAACGGCUUCCAUCGGCUGCAACGGUGGUCCCAGCAUCCAGGAGUGUUGUCGCUGCCGCCGGAGGACAACGGUUGCCGUUUCGAUCAACAAACGCAACUUCCAGCGGUGUUGUUGUUGCUGCACGUCCGCCAGGAAGGGUUGUACACGCCAGAGAACAACGGUUGCCGUCGGCUGCAACGGUGGGUACAGCAUCCAGUGGUGAUGUCGCUGCUGUUCAUGCUGAAGGACAACGGCUUCCAUCGGCUGCAACGGUGGUCCCAGCAUCCAGGAGUGUUGUCGCUGCGGCCGGAGGACAACGGUUGCCGUUUGAUCAACAAACGCAACUUCCAGUGGUGUUGAUGCUGUUGCAGCACGUCCGCCAAGAAGUGUGGUACACGCUAGAGGACAACGGUUGCCGUCGGCUGCAACGAUGGUGACCGCAUCCAGAGGUGUUGUCGCUGCCGCCGGAGGGCAACGGUUGCCGUCGGCUGCAACAGUGGGGACAGCAUCUGGAGGUGCUGUAGCUGCUGUUCAUGCUGGAGGACAACGGCUUCCGUCGGCUGCAACGGUGGAGACAGCAUCCAGGAGUGUUGUCGCUGCCGCUGGAGGACAACGGUUGCCGUUGGCUUCAACGAUAGUGACAGCAUCCGGAGGUGUCGCUGCUGCAGCAAACCCGCCCGGAAUGGCUAAAUGCUCCGCAGGACAACGGUUAUCGUCGUCUGCAACUGUUAUUGCAGCAUCCGGAGGUGGUUUUUCUGCUGCGACACGCCCGCAAGCAAGGAUUGUCAGCGCAGAUGUUCUCAAGCCAACAUCAGCUGUAUCAAUGAUGGAAGUUUCCAGCGAUGAUGCUUCUGCUGCAACACAGCCGCAAGAAGCAAGCCACCCGUCUUGCUGCUGUCCGCUUUGCCGAAAGCUGCUUAUUAGACAGGAUGAUCGAAAUGCACAAAUACUUGCUCUGUUAGAUGGACUUUCUUUAACAAUAAAUCCUAUGAAAGGACUUCGAAGGAAUGUAAAUACAUUUAAUAUUACUGUAGUGUCCGACGUGCAGCAGCUAGAUGAGCUGGAAGCUAAUUUGGAAAAUAAUGAAUUCUUUUUUUUUUGUUAUGUACAAAGAAUCGAUGCCGAUAUUACCAGUCAGGAUGCAUUCAAUAGGUUACAUGAGGCUUUGGAUAUCCUUUUCGAUAGAACAUUUUUCGCUUCUUGCAGUUGGAAAGGGUCAUCUGAAAAAAAAAUACCGUUUUGUAAUUACCGGCAUGUAUUACGUUUGCUUAGGGCUGUCGGAAAAAAUCACUUAGGGAUAGAAGUCGAUGACCUUUUUGUAGAAAAGUUUAUGAAAUCAAAGCUGGAGCAUGCUACUCAACGCUUGAAUUUGGA